AAAAGGUCAAAGUUCAACGUACCAAAGGUUGGCUCACCACAUCGUGGGUGAUCAUGACACCUACAAACGUUUCGAAAACGUUUGUUAUUAAACGUACUGUGGGAGUUUUCGACAGAUAACAGCACAUUACAGCUAUAAAGUAGAAGCAAUAGGAAGGACAGAAGGGAUGGCAGAGGGGGAGCUCACUCCAAACGACUGGAAUGAGGGAGGAGAAGAGAGGAAACAGGCAGGAAAGAAAGGAUGCACAGACAGGGUAAAAGACUAUGUCAAGACGACAGAAUUCCUGGUGUAUACGGAAGCCACUCUCUCAACAUGGGGAGAUCGUAUGUGGGCCUUUGCAGUGGCCCUGUUCCUCAUCGAUCUGUCACCGGGCUCUCUCCAGCUCACGGCCAUCUACGGUUUCGCCAAAUCCAUCUCUGUCCUGUUGCUCGGGGCGAUCAUCGGCGACUGGAUUGAUCGCACCCCUCGUUUGAAGGCUGUACGUAUCGCUCUGGUGAUCCAGAACGGCUCGGUUGCGCUGUGUGCCGUGGUCUUCGCUCUCAUGGACGUGUACCGUAAGGAGAUGGAGAGCAGUGCUGGCGGCUGGAUCAUGACACUAUGUCAGGUACUUCUGAUUUUUAUUGCGGUUGUUGCCAUCCUUGCUGGCCAGGCCACGAGCAUCAGUCUGCAGAAGGACUGGGUCGCCGUGAUCGCUGGUGGGGAGAAGGAGAGACUGGCCAAUAUGAAUGCAGCGAUACGGCGAAUUGACCUGUGCACAAAGAUCCUGUCCCCGGUGGUUGUGGGUCAGAUCAUGACGUUUGUCUCCAUGUUGGUUGGUGCCUUGUUCAUCGCGGGGUGGAACAUGGUUUCCAUGGCGAUAGAGUACUACCUGUAUUACCGUGUGUACGACAGCGUUCCUGCACUGGCCGUGAAGGAGAGUAAAAUUGAUAAAGAAGAAGUCAAUGAUGAGAACUCAGAAAUCCUAACCAAGGAAUCAGCAAAACCAGACGCCCCACCCCAAUCCUGCCACCAUAAGAUGUUUCACAGUUUCUUCACCCUCUACAACGGUUGGAAAAUCUACUUCCAACAGACGUGCUUCCGCGCCGGCCUCGGACUGUCCUGUCUCUACAUGACCGUUCUCGGGUUUGACAACAUCACUGUCGGGUUUGUCUACACUCAGGGCUUCUCCGAACUGGCUGUUAGUUUGCUAAUGGCGGGCGCCGCAAUUCUUGGGGUCUGCGGCACGUUCAUCUACCCUCCCCUUCGUAAAAGAAUCGGCCUUCUCCGUACGGGCUUGAUCUCUGGAACACUGCAGUGGAGUAUUCUGGUUCUGUGUGUGGCGUCCGUGUGGGCUCCUGGGAGCCCCUUUGACCCCUUCUAUUUCACCCGUACGUCUAAUGUCACCCUCACUGAUGUUACCCUACCUCCUGAUGUCAACCUACCUCCUACUUUCACCCCCUCCUCUAAUUCGUCAGUCUUUUCCGUCUCUUUCAAUGAAACGAUCUUCCCCACACCCGUAGACAACACGACUGCUGGUCCCCAGGACCCCCCUGCAGACAGACCCCUGUGGAUGUACACGUCUGUGGCACUGCUGAUGACGGGGGUCACACUGGGGAGGAUAGGUUUAUGGAUGUACGACCUCACGGUGACCCAACUUUACCAGGAGACUGUGGAUGAGACCCACCGGGGGGUGGUGUUCGGUGUCCAGAACAGCCUCAACUUCUUCAUGGACAUGAUGCACUUCAUUCUUGUGAUCGUCCUCCCCGCUCCGGAAACCUUUGGAUUCCUCAUCCUACUGUCGUUUGUGUUCACCGUCUCAGGACACCUGUUGUAUGCGUCAUACUCACGCCAGGUCAGAGGUCACCUGUUCCACUUUGACCGUCUGCUUUGUGGUAAGUGUGGUGGGAGGAUGCUCCCACAUCACAAACCCCCCGGCACAGCCUCGUCAGAGCAGGAUGCAGCUGCGUGCACAUGUCCACAAGAUAAUGGAGCAGCCAUAGAGUAUCACACUUCUGUUUAGUUAUUUGUGGAUGUAGCGCAAAAACGUCUGAUUCAACAAGAAUCCUUAAGUUGAUGAAAAAACAUAGAAAUUUUCAAACAGGAGUUGCACAUAGGUAAGCUUGAAUGUAGCUCUUGGGUUGGCUAACUUUUUUGGCUAUUUGUUUGUGUGUUCCUUUGUAUUGCUUACCCAGUAAACUACCUUAUGUCGUACAUCAGCCACGAUAUCUUUGAUACGGGUGUUCCAGAACAGGUUAUCAUAUAGGGUUCUACUGUUGUCACACUGGCUUCCAUAGAAUGAUUCAAAUGUAUUGAGUUUUCCUUUUGGAAACUUUGUCUAUUGUGUUGAAAUUUGGUCUCACUGAUGCAUGUCCAAUUUUUGUUGUGAUGGAAAAAAUGAAAAGUCUUUCUUCAUAAUGUUGAAUGAAGACUUAAAUUGGGACAUACAUGUAGCACCCCCUCCACCCAAAAAAACCUUUAAAAUUGUCUUCAGUCAUAGUUAGGGUAUAAAAGACCAGUUUCUUCCAGAUCACUCAUAUUAUCUAAAACGUCUGACCGCUUCCAAAAUUAAAAUCAAAAAAAUGCUUUUUGGCAUAUCUUAUUACCUGGAUGUCUAACCUUCAUCAAUGUUAAAUUGAACAUGUUUGGCACACAGCUCUAUUGGCAAGUAACAGUUAUACGAUACAGAUCACAACAAAACUUGUUCAAAGUGUGAAAUAUUAUGUAAAGUUUGCUAUGUCUCUGGGUCUAAAUGAGGGUAAGUUUUCAACUGAUCGGGAAACACAGAAGUAACUUAUAAUUGAUAUUCAAUUCAGUAUUAUCCAGAGUGCCAUGUUGUUACUGUUCUGUGUAUAUUUCUUUUGAUUUUAAAAUAGUUUGAUGGUGUAAUUGUAAAUAUGAUAGUUAUCAAAAAUGGUGCUGUUUUUCUUUCAGAAUUAUGAAAAGUAUUUUCAUGGAAAUGUAUAUAUUACAAUCAGGAAAACUACCACAACAUAUCAAGCAAGAUAGUAUCUAUUGACUAUUGUAUAGAACCUAUGUUAUGGAAUAAUGGAAAUAGCCAAAUUUUUGGGAAACAAAUGGGAAUAUAUUUAUAUACAUAUAAAUCUUUUAUCUGAUUGGAUGAGUUAAAGAUAUCAUCACUGAUUCUCAUGCAUUGACAAUACAUGUAGCUUUCAAAUAUGCAAUUGAUUGCAAUCUAUGACAUUAGUAUUAUACAUGUUUUCCGAUAUUUUUUGUCAAUUUGGGGUAUGUAUUCGCUACUUUUUCAGCUGCUUGGCAGGAUUAAAGACUCGUCGAAAACUUCUCUUUUCGCAAUGAUAUCCAUAUAAUGUAAUCAAUAUGGCUUAUGUUGGUGUGCCAAAUCAAAGUUUAAAAAACUUAUGUGAUGAUUUCUCCUAAUGUAUCAGUAUUUCUUACAGAGAUACAUGAUGUGAUGAAAACAACUGAUCAACAAAUAAAGAACAUUGUGUUGAAGUGCA